CGGCUGCGCGCGGCGCGGCGGCGUCUCCUCAAUGGGGCCGCGCGCGCGGCGCCAGGUUUAGCGAGGAGGGCACAACGGAGAGGACAGAAACUGGAUGGCUUCUACGGUGAGCCUGGGCAAGGAAACAUUAUUGGAAGAUGGAAUGCCACCUGCAAAAAAGCCCAGGAAGCUGUUGCCAAGCCUCAAAACCAAGAAGCCUCGGGAACUUGUAUUGGUGAUUGGGACAGGAAUUAGUGCUGCAGUUGCUCCCCAGGUCCCAGCACUGAAGUCCUGGAAGGGGCUGAUUCAGGCCCUCCUGGAUGCUGCUAUUGACUUUGAUCUCCUGGAAGAUGAAGAGAGCAAACGAUUCCAGAAGUGUCUUCAUGAAGACAAGAAUCUGGUUCAUGUUGCCCACGACCUUAUUCAGAAGCUGUCUCCGCGCACAAGCAACGUUCGCUCAACCUUUUUCAAGGACUGUUUAUAUGAGGUGUUUGAUGACCUGGAAUCCAAAAUGGAAGAUUCUGGGAAGCAGCUGCUUCAGUCUGUACUUCACUUGAUGGAAAACGGGGCCCUUGUGUUAACCACAAACUUUGAUAACCUGCUGGAGCUGUAUGCAGCACACCAGGGGAAGCACCUUGAGUCUCUUGACCUGACUGAUGAAAAGAAGGUGCUGGAGUGGGCACAAGAGAAGAGGAAGCUCAGUGUCCUGCACAUCCACGGCGUCUACACCAACCCCAGCGGCAUCGUCCUGCACCCGGCCGGCUACCAGAACGUUCUGCGCAACACCGAGGUCAUGCGAGAGAUUCAGAAGCUGUAUGAAAAUAAGUCCUUCCUCUUCUUGGGCUGUGGUUGGACAGUUGAUGACACCACGUUUCAGGCCCUGUUUUUAGAGGCUGUCAAGCACAAGUCAGACCUGGAGCACUUCAUGCUGGUGCGAAGGGGGGAUGUGGAUGAGUUCAAGAAACUCCGUGAGAACAUGCUGGACAAAGGGAUCAAAGUGAUUUCCUAUGGAGACGAAUACACUGACUUGCCGGAGUACUUUGAGCGGCUGACAAGCGAGAUUGCCAUGCGGGGCCGCACAGGUGUGCCCAAGGAGGGGCAGCAGCUGAACGGCUCUGCCGCUGCCCACGCCGAGGUAAAAGCCUUUGCUUCCACACAGGAUGCAGCCCCUGAGCCUCAGCCCUGCCCAGGCCCUGAGCCGUGGCAGGGGCUCCUGGGGCAGGCCCAAGCCAGGCCCGCAGCCCUCAGAGGGGCCGGAACCCACCACUGUCCACUGCUGUCCAGCACCGAGCCAGGACCCUUCCGGCAGGGAAGAGGCCAGGACAGAGUCUCCAUGGAUGAACACCUGGUCUAACAUAGUAAUUGUGAUUUUACUGGGGCUGCAUGUGCCUGUGGAGCGCAGCGUCCCCCAGGGAGCUGCAGCCUCCUCUUAACUUCAUACCUAGUGCUUUUAUAUUCUGUAUUUCAAUUAAAAAAUGAAACUUGAGCUUUUUUUUUUUUUUACUGGAAGCUCUAGUUUUCUAGUCCUGUCUUUUUACUGUACAGUAUUUUGUAUGUUGAAGUUGUAUUAA